AUGGGAGCUGGAAGCUCAAGAAAAAAUCUUCGGGUUGUAGCCACUGAUUCCGUCAGAGUUAGCUCUGUUCAAACCAAUAACAAUAUCGAAAUAAAAGGCACGAACGCGGAAAACCACGGCGAAGUUUUGGAGCCAACAGAAUCUCAAAACGAAGACAUGGAAGAUAGACGUACAUCGGGUAAAUGCAAUGUUAAAACCGUGGCAGUAAGCGAAGGCUUAGAAAAGCGAAAAGAACAAAUCGCUACAACGAUCGAUGAUCAACACAAUCGAGGAGAAGACUUCGGCGAGGACGAGUCAAGCAUGACACUAACUUCAUUCAUUGAAAAAAAUCCGAAACUUGAAGAAGCGUUGAAGAAGACAAGAGAUCACUACAAGGGAUUGAAAGAAGCGUUCGCUAAUGGAAUUCUAGCGACAGAAGAGGUAGAAGAACACAUAAAAGGCCUUUUCAGUGGUUAUACUAACCAGCACAAGCCGGCGAAAGCUGUGUUAACAGAUUUCACUGUGCGCCUAGGUCUUCCAAAGCUUGCAUACGACAUUAUCACUGAUCGAAGGAAUAAUUGUCCAGAACUAACAACAUGGGAUAGAGAAACAAGUACAGAAAAACAAGCUGAGGAGAAUGAAGCGUCAGCGAAUGCAGAGAAAACGGUAUAUCAUUUUUUUUUUCUCGUCUCUUUUCACAUGUAGUGAUUCAUUUGGCACGUGCAGGUCGUGCGAAGCGUAGCAACGGUAUCUCGCUGUUAGACAUACUCAGGUAACCACGUCAUGUCUCCCGCAGGCAAGGAAUGGGGUUCUGACGAUUUCCUAUGAAACCUUUCCCUUUCCCAUGGCCCUCAUGGAAUAAUUUUUUAGUUUUUUUUAACUCUAUCACACUCCCAAAUUUAAGUUUACGGUUAGAUUCAAUUUCUUCAAAAAAUCCUUCUUUUUGUAUCCUAUUUCGUUUUGAAUUUUUACAAGGUAAAUAUUUUGUAUGAGUGUUGUCAGGAAUCAUGGAUCGGUGAGUGUGUUUUCUAACAUAUGUAAAUUUUUCAAGUGAGACUAUAAUUUAAUUGCACAAGUCUUGUUGGAUAUGAGAUAUUUCAGUCAAACUUAACCUCAAAACUUGCAGCACCCUUGUAAAACUUUCUUUUUAUUUUCUAGGAAUCUGAGAAAAAUGACAAGAAGACAUCGAACCCGUUAGAAUUAUUGCAAGAUAAUAUCUGCCUGUUUUUGGGAGCCCUUCUGAAUUAUUCUGACUUACAUGACGAGUUUUGCUUGGAGUGUAAUGAAGUCGGUAUGGUUCAGCUUUUUGUGGAGAUGUCCAAAGAACUCCAAGAUUCGAUUCCACACAAUGUGAAAUAUGUAGUAAGUACAGUAGUAAAAUAUAAUGUAAAUAUCAUCAUUAUGAAUUAAAUAAUACUGAAUUACAAAAAGCAUUUUUCUCGUUAAAAAUUACAUUAAUGAAAACGGAAACUUAUAUAGGCUUUUGAAUACAUGUGCAAGUAUAUUUGUACUUCCGCUAUCAAGCCAGAGCGAAUAGCAAUAAAUGUUGAUAAAUGGGUAAUAGGAGGGAGGGUUGGACUGGAACUCACUUGAGAGGGGAUCUUGAUUAAGAGGGUGUUAUGGCUUAUUCGGGUUCUUACGAUGACACGGAAAAGUUAUUGUACCAAUUGAUUCUUUACGUCUUUCUUUGGAUUAGUCACUCUUGUUUAAGAGACCAAAGUAACAGUAGUACGCUCGAUUGCCAGCCAUUGUUCGGGAGUCCGCGCUUCUCAACCAAAGCUCCUUAUCUGACGGAUCCGAGAAAGGCAGAGAUCAAGCUUAUAACAGUAGGUGCCCUGCCUUUAUCAACAUAAUCGAAGCCCUCAUUACAGGCUUCGACGGGUUUCGAACCCAUGCCUCUUGUUGGGCGCUACUACCAACUGAGCUACGGAACCAUACUUUGAGAGCAAGGCACACUUAGUGGUUAAAUCGUGCUACAAGGAAUCAUGUAUUUACCAGUGCUUCCAUCUUUUUUUAACAGGAACCUAAAACACAACGUCUAAAGAAGUUCACAGUGCGGGGAAAAAUGUUGUCCAGGAGCUUGGGGACUCUUCACAAUUUCUCGAAACGUGUGCCAACAAGAGCAAACUUUGCUUCUGCCCAGGCCGUGAACUCAUUGCUUCUGCCACUUCUUAAAGCUGAAAUCACGUUUUACAGUGCUAAGAGCCUACUUAUAUUGGCGUACCUGAUUGAUGAACAAAAUAACCAUUUGAUCAUGGCGGAUGAAGGUAUAAAAAUUUUUAUAAGUAAGCUGUCAGUAAAAGCCCUUUUUCUUUCGCGUGCCACCAAACAUUUGAAAGAUGAUAAAUACUAUAGCCUCUAUUUAUAAUGGUAAUUGCACUGAGAAGAGUGCAAUUUGGGCUGAAAUCAUACGCAUGAUUUCAAAAUCGAACGAGUGCGCAGCGCGAGUUCGAUUUGAAAUCACAUGUAUGAUUUCAGACUGAACGGCACGAGGUUCAAUAACCACUUUAUUACAUCCAUUUUGAAAUCACCCAAAUACAGGACUUGGUCAGUUCAAAUGUUUUAUUGAUGCAGUACUGAGCCGGUCUGAAAUUAAAUUUAUGUCCAUUUUUUUGGGGGAAAAAGUAAGAGUUAAGAAACAAAAGUUGCAAAAUUUGCCACAUGAUAGUCCUUGUCUUUCAUUUUCCUGCAAUUUGAUCGGUUUCUUUAAACAAGCCUUAAAAUCUGAUUGGUUGUUUUGUUUUUGGUGUAGCCUCCUUGUUGGCUGGGGAAAAGAUGCGAUUUGAAAAGCGAAAAAUGGUGCGAUUUGUGAAUAAAUCGCAUCAUUUAGAGCCAAUCAGAUUACAGGAACCACCACUGAUUUCAAAAUGGAUGUAAUAAAAAGCAAAAUUAGGCUCUCAAACUUGCCUUGGAAAUCAUAUUACUGUUUCUUGAAUCUCAAAGUUUCCUUAAACCUCGCCCAAUGGAAAAUUGUUUUCUCUAUCCCGCAGAUUUGCCUGUGAAUUUUUUUCGCAACAAUUAAAUGAAGGCGAAUGUUUCUGUGCCUAGUCGUUCGAUUUCAUCAGUCAUGUAAAUGGAUUAAUGCAUGUCUGAGACAAAUUUAAAUUUAUAAUUACCUGGAAGAAAUAAUUUUGACAUUUGGUUUCGGAUCGCCUCUGUUAUUGAAGUGUAAUCCAGCAUUCCUACCCCCACCCCCUCCCCUUCCGAACCAUCACUUAUUCUCCCACCUUUCACUAAAAAAAUUGUUUCUUCCGGUUUUAUGUCUAAUUCCUGAAACAAGUUCGUGCUAAAUGAAAAUUAAACGAAGUGGCUGUCUAGUAUAUGAUCAUUAUUUACUUUAAAUUUUGCAUCUCAACUUUAGCAGUCUCAUUUCAGGACCAAUCAAUUUUCUCAUACGAUUGCUGAGAAAGGCCAUAGAAACAGAUUACCAUAGAUAUCUAGGAUUUUCUGCCCGAGAACUUGCUGAAGGACUGACGCAAAUUGCAAUCAACGAUAACAACAAGAAAACGGUAACUGUUAGCAGUUGAUCAUUUAUUUUCUUUGAUAUCGUUGUUUUGGGGAUUUUCGUCAACCCUAAGUCGUACAUCUUUAACUAGAAGAAUUUUCAGUGUUCACCUCUCAGUGGCUUCGUGAUGGGAAUAUUUUCGAUUUUUCCUUUGUGGCUACUUCGACAUUGGUUUUACCACGCUCAAUCGAAAAGUGCUUACGAGUACUUUAGAGGAGUGAGAAAUUUUAAGGCAAUGCUAAAACGUUUCCAGGCGAUCACGUGUGUCAUUUAAAUGGCCUUGAACUCCUCCUGGUCGCUUUACAAGCAAAAACUCCUUAACCCUUUAACCCCUCAUUAUGAUUUUUCCGAUUGAGAUCAUAAGAAUAAAGGAAAUGACCACAAAACUAAAAAGCUUUGAUUGUUAAACAGAUUCUCCUCGCCAACACCUAAGGAAAUGUACAGAGAAUAUUAUAAAGAGUAUGGGUAAUGAUGUUUCCCGAUGUUAGGGUGUAAAGGGUUUUAAAAAAAAUAAAAAAAUAAUUAAAUACCUUAGAGACCAAUUGCAUUUUCCAGCACCUUGGGAAGAGGAAGAGGUUUUUCCUUGAGUCCUAAUUGGCUUCUUUUACACGACUCUUUAAACACGUAAUGCUUUCAUUCUUUUAAUGCUUAAGGUUUUCACUCAGCGGGGUUUGACCAGAUCAUUCUCUAAGAAUCCUUUAACGUGGCCUUGUUCGUGACUGAGAUGAACGGGUGUAUAUGAAAACUUUAAACAUUCUAUGGAUUUCAGCUUCUUCAGACUUUUAAGUAUUUAUACGAUAAAUAUCACUUUAUUGUUAGAUUGUUAGAUCUGGAGCCAUUCCAAUUCUAGUCAAGAUGCUUGAAAACGCCAAAGAUGACGAGGAGAGAGUGAAUGCCUGUAACACUUUGUGGACGUUGGCUUUCGACGAGGAAAACAAGAAAGGAAUCCAAAAGGACGCGCAUGCCUCAGCAGAAUUACGGAAACUUCUGACAUCGACUAACAAUGAAGUGAAAAAAGCUGCUGCUGGCGCAUUAUGGGAAAUCGAAGGGAAAGAAAAACAUGCAGAGGAUAAACAACAGUCAGUUAAAGAGUCAGGUGAGUAUGCGCAGCUUGGGAUGACAAUUCGACUACAAUGAUGGUUUUCAUAGACUCAGAAAUAACCUUGUAUAACGAAAUUUCUCCCUAAUAAAACUAGCUUGCGAGUAGGUCCUCAUCAUCAGCACUGAUGGACGCGCCGCGCCGGCGAGGAGAUUUGAGGUUAGCCAGAAGUCUGGCUCUAAUAUAAAGAGGCGCUUGACCCCUUGCAGACCCACACUCUCGCCGGCUGCGUUGCUCACAUUUUAUUACGGGUGAAGAAACAUUCAUGCUGAAGUUCUAAUAAUGAAGCCUGCUCGCAGGUUAUAAUUAAACGAAAUUUCCCCCUGAUUAUGUGUGAAAUGCUUAUGUAAUAGAAAUAACUGUAGGAUCGAAGAGGUGAAAUCAGAACACAAUUAAGGUAUGAUAUAAUUCAUUACUGCUGUUAUUCUUUAAUGUGCUCUCUAGACGCCAAGCACGUAAUGAUCAGUUACCAAUGGGAUGUACAAAAACUCGUGAUUCAAAUCAAAAACAAACUUCAGGCGGACGGCUUCAAGGUUUGGAUGGACAUCGAUGAGAUGGGUGGCUCUACUCUAGAAAGUAUGGCCAAGGCUGUGGAAAAUGCAAGUGUGGUGUUAGUCUGUGUGUCUCAGAAAUACAAGGAGAGUCCUAACUGUAGAUCAGGUAAUGAUGAAAACUGCUUCGCAACGUUCGCAGGAUCUUUUCAUAUAGCAUCAUUGAUUAUAGAAAUCUUAGCAUUUUACCGGCUUUUUAGAAUUGUGGUUAGCCUGUAUUUACAAAACAAUUCCUGCAACAGGAAUAAUAUACAAUAUUAUCGGGCGCAAAUCCUGCGUGCAUUACUCGAAGGUGAUUAAGAAAGGAUAUUCGGAGGUUGAGUAGCCAAUCAGAGUACGUCUUCAACGUUUUCCACCAUAAAGAGUUUCUAAAGCUGCGGUUUCGAGCCUUAACUCUUUGCUAGAAACGAAAAUAGCCCAGACCCAUCCGGCCACAUGGUAAUGUUGUAUUUUCUCAUGGGUAUAGUUUGAAUGUGCAACAACGAAAAAUUAGAUCAGAGGGACAAGAGAGGGAGAGGAAGCAAACGGAAGGAACUCGGUAUUACAUAUAUACAUAAAAUCUUGUUUCCAUGCUAACAAUGUAAGACCUGACGUCUCGUUAAAAAAGACUUACCCAGCCCUAGUUUGUAGUCUCAGCCCUUUGUCUUCCUCCAUUGGUUCCAACUUGGCCAAUCCUUUGGAGGUAUUUGAACACGUUGAAUACAUUCUCUAGAGAUAACUAGACAAUAACUAUACUGGAGUUUUUGACGAAGUUGUAUUUCGUUUAAUAAUGUAUGUAGAGGCAGAAUACACAUAUCAGCUUCACAAAGACAUCAUCCCUUUGAUGAUGGAUGGUAAAUACAGACCUGAUGGUUGGCUCGGCUUCAUUGUGGGAUCCAAAUUCUGGAUUGACUUCAGCGAAAAACAUAAACUGGACUCUAAUGUGAGCAAACUUGUGAAAGAAUUGGGGAGCAGGGGAAAAAUUGAACUUCAAGAAAAUACUGUGAAAGGUAUGAUUAAACCAAAACUGCUUUACUUGGUCGUUUGAGUUAUGAUCGUAACCAGGGCUGACUGUCUACCAUCUUCACUCGAUUCGAAGGCUGAGGAGAGCAAAUAUGUCUCUAAUGUCCUGAAGGCAAAUGGCUAUACGAAACCUUUCCUCCGUAACUGCCAAAAUCAGUUACAACUAGUAUCACUCCUGAUGAAAGGGAACCAGCGACUGGUUUUGCAGUUAUUCCUUGCAUUCAGGGUGUUACAGAACCCAUCCAGAUAAUUUUGAAUAGCCACAACGUUAAAGUUACUCAAAAACCUUUUCAGACUUUGGGACGCAUUUUUGCCCAACCUAACGAAAGAACAACGAACCGUCGCCAUUUAUUCUAUUCCCUACAAUGACUGCGAUAACGAGUAUAUCGGACGGACCAAACGUCAGUUCGGUACACGUUUGAAAGAGCAUCAAAAAGCGGUUUUCUUUUGCAAACAAGAAAAUUCAGCUUUAUUCGAGCACACAUGCCUAACUAACCAUACAAUUGGGUGAAGCAAGUCUAAAAUUAUUACCACUAAUCGGCGUUACCACCACAGCACCUUUGUUUGGAGGCCUGGAAUAUGAAGGCACUAAACAAGAGUGUCGAAACGUUGGGUCUAUGAAUUGUAACUUCACGGUUACAUUCAUUAAAUCUUCAGACCAGAGUAGCAUCAGACGAUGUCUGAAGGAACUACUUUUUAUGACUACUCGUUAUAUUUGGUAAUUAUCCGUCAGAUGCCCAGACAAUUCCAACUCCUAGAGACGACAACUGAUUUACUCUCUUUUCUGUUUUAUUUAUUUAAUUUAUUUAUUUUUUAUGUAGCCACAGUUCUGGAUGUUGUUGACGCCUCACCACAGUCUUCUAUCAGAUCGUGGACGUGUAGUGAUGUGAAAACCUGGCUCAAGAAUGUUGGACUGAGAGACAGGUGAAUAGUACAGUGUUUUUUAUUCUUAUCCCGAUUCCAAAAGCCUUAAGAGAUGUUGAGCAUUGAUACUCUCCCCUGGGAAAUGAAAUGGAGUGGCAUACCCCCAGCUAUUACGUCAGCUUUCGACAACUUCCUCCUGAGCUCUUUCCUCUUGGUUCUUUGGAGCUUGGAACGAGGCUGAGGUUUCGCUAAUAUUUGCUUUUCACUUUUGCCAACUUUUGCUACUGGUGACAAAGGGGCACUAUAAAGCAAAUCAACGUUUUUAGCUUCUGAAACAAUUUGCUUUUUAGGUUGGAUUCCAACACUUUAAAAAGGCUGAAUGGUCAGAUUCUGUUGCGUCUGCAAGAUCUUAGAAGAGAGGUAGGGGUUGUGUGUUCCUAAGCAGGCAGAAGAGUGCAUAUUUUUAAUAAAGGCGGGGGCACAAGUCACUGCGAAAUGACGGCCCUUCUCCCUUCGCGCUUGACUCUCACAUACAUACGCUGAUUUAAAAUACCCUGAUCAAAAAUUGUGUCCCUAUUCUGCGACGUUCGAGCCCGUUUGAAACGAUUCAGUUUUAAUUUUAUGUACCUGGUGCCAUUAUCACUGUUCUAUCACUGUUCUAACGUUGUUAGAGACACCAGGCAACGUUGAAACAUGGUAGCCGUGUCUGUUUCGGAUCGACCGCCAUUUCGUCGUCAAAAAAACUAGUUUUUGAAAUUUUCCAUUAAAAUUAUGCGCACUACGCCUUUUUUGGAUGGGAAUUAACAUUUUCUCUGAUAAAUGUUGCUUUCAGAUCAUCAUUCAGGAGAUCAAAGGAUUUUGUUUAAUCUUGCUUUAUUAACUAUAUGCAUUUUGGCCUUUAAUAUUGAUUCUAGAACAUUGAUUUUCAACAUGAACUCCAUUUAGUUCUUGUUCAUUGCUCAUGUUCAGACUUGUCUUGUUCAAUGCGCAAGCUCAAUGGGUCUGACAAGUCAUGUUGUUUUAAUUUCAGUGUCCAGAAUUCUUCUAUUCAUCAGUGAGGACAGAUUUUAAACUGGACACUGUGUUUGAUGUUCUGGAAUUUGUAGACGCGUUGGAUAAAUUAGUGGAGUAG